AUGCCAAUGUAUGGACGAUCCCAAUAUGACAUGGCCCGUACCCCAAGUCCUACUCCUAGUGAGGAGAGGGCUAUGAACUCAAGUGGGGGGUUGGUAGAUCUAAGCUCUUUCAAGUCAAAGGAUUUCUGGCUCUCACCAAGGGGCAUUUUUACCGCAAUCGGUCUCCUGGUCAUUGGGGCCCUAGUUAUAUGCUUUGCGAUAUUACACAAGCAAAUCAUUAUUGGUCUUGAGCCUGCAACGAAUUGGGCGAAACGUCAAACUGCGGGUUGGCUCAUUCCAGUAGGGAUUCUCGUUGUUCUGUCCUUCCCGCCGUUAUUUGGACACGAGAUCAUAGGUCUAUUAUGUGGAGUGACAUGGGGCAUUGGCGAAGGUUUUGGGAUUAUGGCAUUGGGCACACUUUUGGGCGAAAUCAUCAACUAUUUCGUAUUUAAAUUUUGUUGCACCUCUCGUGCAAAGAAAUUGCAGCAGAAAACCAUUAUGUAUGCCUGCUUUGCGAAAGUAAUCCAGGAUGGUGGAUUUAAGGUCGUGCUUGCGGCUCGAUAUUCGAUCAUCCCAGCUCAUUUAACAACCACCAUCUUCGCAGCUUCUGGGAUGAAGUUUUACAUCUUUCUUGCUGCUGCUGUCCUUUCACUGCCGAAACAACUCGUCACUGUAUACAUUGGCGUCCUCAUGGCUGACUCAGUCGAUGGCACCGACAAGAAGGACAGGAUCGCGUCUAUCUUGGUGUCCGUAGUUAGUUUCAUCGUCACCUCGAUUGCGUUGAGGAUAAUUAGGCAAGAGACAAACAAGAUCAAGCCUCAGGUCAUAUAUGAACGCAGAAAAGCUCGCCAAGCAGCGAACUUGAAAAUGCUUCAAACUGACAGCGACGAAAACGUAUGA